AUGAUUGUGGUGGCCAUCCCGGCCGUUCCCGAGGUGCCGAGUUGCCGUUCCCACCCCAGGUUGAGCAGCCUCUCCUCGUCCCUGGGCGAGUCCCCCUCGGAGCGAAGGUCCCCCGGCCACCACCGGCAGCCCUCGGACGCCUCGGAGUCCACAGGGCUGGUGCAGCGCUGUGUCAUCAUCCAGCGGGACCAGCAUGGCUUCGGCUUCACCGUCAGCGGCGACCGCGUGGUGCUCGUGCAGUCCGUGCGGCCCGGUGGGGACAGGGGGACAGGGGGGAUUCCGGAGGGAAUUCCCAUUUUCCCGCAGGUGAACGGGACGAUGGUGACCAACAGCUCCCACCUGGAGGUGGUGAAGUUGAUCAAGUCCGGUGCCUACGUGGCCCUGACCCUGCUGGGGUCCCCCCCCGGCUCCGUGGGAAUUCCGGGAUCCCAGCAGGAGCCGGAGCCCCCGGGGUGUCCCCAGGGGCCCCCCCAGCGCAUCACGGAGCCCAGGCCCCUGCAGUUCCUGGGAAUGGUGUGGGAAUUCCAUCCCUGUGUGUCCCGGCGUUCCCAUGAAAAACCCCGGAAAGCCGCAGGCAGAGCGGUGUCGCGUUGGGGGGUUUUCCUGAGGAUGUAUGUUUAUGAUUUUCUGGGUUUGUCUCCCGGUGUUCCCGGUGUUCCCGGUGUUCCCGGCGUUCCCGGUGGCGUUCCGUGCCCGCGGCAGCGCUUCCAGGAGCUGCUGCAGCGGCAGCCGGGCGCGGCGCUGGAGGAGCAGCUGGAGGGGGCGCGGCGCCGGCUCAGCCAGCUGCAGCUGAAGGUGCUGCAGGAGGCGCGCGGAGCCGCGGAUUUGGGCUCCCGGCCCCUGGAAGGGGAGGCUCUCCGGGGCUCCCCGCAGCUCCCGGGGCGUUUCCCGAGGGAUCCCCAGGAUGGGGACCCGGGGCUGGAAUCCGCAGAGGUAUCCCGGAAUUCCGGCUUUUCCGAGCCCGGCAGCCCCCGGAGCUCCCCCGUGCUCGGCUCCCGCCUCUCCACGGAUCCGGGAUCGGGGAGGCCCCAGAUCAUCGGCCCCGAGGAGGAUUGCGAGCCUGGCAGCGGCAGCAACGAGAGCGAUUCAGUGUUCCAGGAUUUGGGAAUUCUCAAGUCCCGCCCGGCCCAUUUGGGAGUUUUCCUGAGGUUCCUCUUCUCCCAGGCUGAUCCUACUCCUCUGCUCUUCCACCUGUGCUCCGAGGUUUGCUGCCAGCAGAGCCCCCGGGAGAGCCGGGCCCUGGGCAGGGACAUCUGGAACGUUUUCCUGGACAGGGCGGCGCCCCUGCGGGUGAAGCUGCCAGAGCAUCUCCUGGCCGAGAUCGAGCUGCGCCUGCGGAACGGCGACGAGCUGCGGCCGGCGCUGCUGGAGGCGCAGGAAUUCCUCAUCCCGGAAAUCCAGGAGCAGCUCCAGGACUACAGGACGAAGCGCACGCUGGGGCUGGGCAGCCUCUACGGGGAGAACGAGCUGCAGGAGCUGGAGCUGGGGAACGGCCCCCGGGAGCCGCGGGAACGCCGGGAGCGCGAGCGCGCGCUGGCCGAGCGGCAGCUGGGACACCUCGGGGACAUCCUCUCCAAGUACGAGGAGGAGCGGAGCUCUCCCAUGGCCUUCGCCCUCAGCACCUUCAUGGCCCACGCUGGGAUCCGGCCCCGGGAAUUCCGGGAAUCCCGGGAAUCCCGCAACCCCGGAGCCUCCGAGAAGCUCCCGGACAAGGACAAGUGGCUGCCCUUCUUCCCCAAGGCCAAAAAGAGCAGCAGCUCCAGGAAGGAGAAGGAGCAGAGGCAGAACCCGAUCCUGAAAUACAUCGGGAAACCCCGGAGCUCCUCCCAGAGCACAUUUCAUGUCCCCCUGUCCCCUGCGGAAGCAGUGAAGCCGGGGAACGUCCGGACCAUGAUCCAGCACUUUGAGAACAGCCACGGGGAGCCCCCGGAGCCGGGCUCGCAGCGCCUCUCCACGGGCAGCAUUCCCGAGGAGCUGCUGGAGCCCGACGGCUCGCGCUGCGAGGUGCGCCUGGGCCGCUCGGAGUCGCUGAAGGGGCGGGAGGAGCUGCGGCGCUCGCGGCGCGCGGAGCUGGUGCCGCGCUCGCGCAGCGACGUGGACAUGGACACGGGCAGCGAGCCCCCCCGGCUGCACUCCGCCUCCUCCUCCGCCUCCAGCCUCUCCAACAGAUCCCUGGAAAAUCCCACCCCCCCCUACACACCAAAGAUGGGGCGCAGGAGCAUGGAUUCUCCCAGCCUGGGCUUCGGGGCCGACCCCUUCCUCCCGCACCUCCUGGAGGACGAGCAGGGCCCCGUCCCCGACCUGGAGCCGGACCCCGACCCCCAAAAUCCCCAAAAUUCCCACCCCAGCUCCCAGAGCUGGCAGCAGAAUUCCCAGAGCUGGCAGCACUCGGUGAGCCGGGAGCUGCUGGCCAGCCUGCCCCAGCGGGAGGUGGAUCGCCAGGAGGUCAUCAACGAGCUGUUUGUCACCGAGCUGUCCCACCUGCGCAUCCUGCGCGUUCUGGAUUUGCUUUUCUUCCAACGCCUGCGCCGGGAGCAGCUGCUGAGCCGGGAGGAGCUGGGGCUGCUCUUCCCCAACCUGCCCGACCUCAUCGACGUGCACACUUCCCUCUCGGAAUCCAUGCGGAAGCUCCGGGAGGAGCAGGGACCCAUCAUCGCCGAGAUCGGCGACCUCAUGCUGGCCCGGUUCGAGGGCGCUGCCAAGGAGGAAUUCCAGCGCGUGGCCGCCGCCUUCUGCUCCUCGCAGUCGGUGGCGCUGGAGCUGAUCCGCACCAAGCAGCGCAAGGAGAGCCGCUUCCAGCUCUUCAUGCAGGAGGCCGAGAGCAACCCGCAGUGCCGGCGGCUGCAGCUGAAGGACCUGCUGAUCGCCGAGAUGCAGCGCCUCACCAAGUACCCGCUGCUGCUGGACAACGUCAUCAAGUGCACCCCUGCGGGCUCCCCGGAGCAGCAGAAGCUGCUGCGUGCCCGAUCAGAGAUCUCAGUCCCGUUUCCCCCUGGAUUUCCCCAUGAUUUCCCCAACCUGGACCUGACCUCACACCGGAUGAUCCACGAGGGACCCCUGGCCUGGAGAGUGGGCAAGGACAAGAGCGUGGACCUGCACGUGCUGCUGCUGGAGGAGCUGCUGGUGCUGCUGCAGCGCCAGGACGAGCGCUGGCUGCUCAAGUGUCACAGCAAGGGCGGCCUGGGGGGGGCCCCGGACACCAAGCAGAGCUUCAGCCCCGUGCUCAAGCUCAGCUCGCUGCUGGUGCGCUCCGUGGCCACAGACAAGCGCGCCCUGUUCAUCAUCUGCACCUCGGAGCUGGGACCCCAAAUCUACGAGCUGGUGGCACUGACGUCCUCGGAGAAGAACACGUGGAUGCAGCUGCUGGAGCAGGCUGUCCAAGGGGCCACCAGGAGCCUCCCGGGGCCACCAAAACAGGGACAGAGCGAGGCCGGCGGGGACGGGGCCGCCAGGGGAACAUCCCAGAUCCCUCCGUGCCCUCCCUCUCUCCCCCAUCCCGGGACAUUUCCCCUGGAAAACCCCAAAUCCCAUUUUCCCUCCCCAAUCCCAGUGGAGACCCUGCGGCUCCUGAUUGUCCGGUGGCUCCGGGAUCCCCGCCUGUCCGGCCGGGAAUUCCCCACAUCUGGCCGGGAAUUCCCCACAUCCGGCCGGGAAUUCCCAACAUCCGGCCGGGAAUUCCCAAUGUCCGGCCGGGAAUUCCCAAUGUCCGACCGGGAAUUCCCCACGUCCGGCCGGGAAUUCCCAACAUCCGGCCGGGAAUUCCCAACGUCCGGCCGGGAAUUCCCAAUGUCCAGCCAGGACUCGGCCUCGUCCAGCCGGGAUUCCGGGACGUCCAGCUGGGAAUUCCCAACGUCCAGUCAGGAAUUCCCGGUGUCCAGCCAGGAAUUCCCGGUGUCCAGCCAGGAUUCUGGCAUGUCCAGCCAGGAAUUCCCAAAGUCCGCUCGGGAAUUCCUGAUGUCCACUCGGGAAUUCCCGAAAUCCAGCCGGGAAUUCCCGGUGUCCAGCCAGGAAGGGCCGGAGGGGCCGGAGCCCAACGGGAUCCGAAUCAACCGGAAAGCCCAGGAGGAGGGGCCGGAUGAGGCCACGCCCCCGCGCGGCUGCAGCCAAUCAGAGCCCGAGCUGCGGGAAGGAGGCGGAGCCAGCGCCGAGGGGAAUUUCUUCUACCUGAGCCUCCCCACGGGACCCCCCCGGCCGGGAGGGGACGUCGGGGACAGCCCUGGGGACAGCGGGGACCCCCCCCGGGCCCCCCCCGGGGACACGGAGCUGAUCCUGGGGACCCUGGAGGAGCUGCGGGGGAAAGUGCUGAGCCUCAGGGCCAUGGAAGCCGCUCACCGGCAGCUGCUGCGCUCGCUGGGGGGGGGCGACGCCGCCGUCCCCAGCUGUGUCCCCAGUGUCCCCAGCUGUGUCCCCAGUGUCCCCAGCUGUGUCCCCAGUGUCCCCAGCGCCGUCCCCGGGCGGGCCCCGCCGCCCCCCAGCCCCCAGAGCUCGCCCCACGCCCCGCGGGGACACGGUGGUGGCACUGCCACCCGCGCUGGCACCGCCCCCCACGGCACAGCUGAGAAGCGCUACCCGGAAGCGGCGGUGGCGGUUGCCAUGGAGACCGCGGCCUAG